GUGUCGUUACACUGGGAAAACCCCAACUGCGCAGAAACCUCAAACCCCCCAAGUUGAAAACCCUCGCACUAGAGGCAAAGGAGGGAGAAAAUUUCAGAGAGAGACGGAGAGAGGGGCACAAUGUCGUCGGGCUUCUCCGCCCCCACCAAUCCAUCUCCAUCUUCAUCUUCAACUCUCUUUUCUGCAUUUUCGUCUUCCUCUUCUACAAGCGCUUCCGCCUCCUCUUCGCCCUUUUCCUUCCCCCUUGCUUCCUCUUCAUCUUCGAUGACAUCCGCGUUCUCACUUGCUCCCUCAUCCUCAGCCGCGCCCUCCAUGGGAUUUGGAGCGUCGACUUCCUCGGCGUCUCCCGCCCCGGCGUUUUCGUUCGGAACCGGUGCCGCCUUGGUCCCCUCCUCCGUCGCUUCCACGCCGCUGUUCGGCGGGUCGUCGUCGGCUGCUUUUGGGACUUCGAAUCUGUUCGGAGAGGCUUCUUCGAGCUCGGCGUCGUUCGCUGCUUCGAGCUUGGUCGGAUCUGCUCCUUCCAGUGCUGUCCCGAAAAACCUUUUUGGGUCUUCCUCUUUCGGUUCGGUUCCAAGCACUACUACAACCUUGUUUGGGUCUUCUACUUCUUCUUCAAGUUCAGCUUUUACUGGUUCUAAUUCUGCUGCGUUUUCAUUUUCGUCAAAUCUUUUUGGAUCUUCCUUCUCAACUUCAGCUUCUACUGCUUCUUUAUUUUCUUCAAACUUGGUUGGGGCUUCAUCAUCGGGCUCGGUGUCUGCUAUUUCCACUUCGGCCUUUUCUUCUCCGCUAUUUGGGUCUUCCCCUUCGUCCUCUGCUGCCACUGCUACUCCUAAUUUGUUUGUGUCUUCUGCGGCUACAUCUACUUCUUCCCCUUUCUCGUCCUUGUCCAAACCUGCAUUUUCAUUCCCAAGCGCGUCAGCGUUUUCAAAGGAAAUUGCGACUUCAGCAUCCACUAGCACUGCUUCUUCAACGCCUUCUACUGGUUCAUCUUCAACAGCGUCAUCCAGUUUCUCGGUUGGGACUUCGGUGUCUUUUGGUUCUCAAUCUGCCUUUGGGUUUGGAAAUACCGUUUCUUCUACUGCCAGUGCGGCGUCCAUAGGCACAGCCACAUCUACAAGCUUGCCCGCUUGGAAGCCACCGUCAUUAGGUUUCGGAACUACUUCUCCAUUGUUUUCUACGGUGACGACAACCACCAGUGGGUCUACUCUGGCAGCUACGAUGAGUUCAUUUUCUGCUGCAUCUAGUGCUUCGUCUGCUCCAGUGCCAGCUUUUCCCACUUUUGGUGCGAGUUCUUCAUCAUCAGCUGCAGCGUCGACAGCUGCUACCACGGCCGUUUCUUCAGCCCCCUCUACUCCUUCCUUCCCAAGUUUUAGUAUCACCGGCGCAGCUGUUUCCUCAAGCAGUACCAGUUCACUACCAAGUUUCUCGCUGCCUACCAAAACACCAACCCCUGGCUCAUCAGUUCAAUCGCAAACAACCUCUGCUGCCGCCCUGUUUGGUGUGCCUGCUUCUACUGUUGCUUCAACAAUAUCCAGUGCCAGUACUGCUACCCCACAGACAUCAACAUCCAUAACUGUAGCAUCGAGUAGUGGGACUACUACAACCACCAGCACUACAGUAUCCCCAGCUCCAAAAUUGCCAUCUGAGAUCACUGGGAAAACUGUUGAGGAGAUUAUCAAGGAGUGGAACUCUGAGCUACAAGAAUGUACUGGGAAAUUUCGGAAGCAGGCAAAUGCAAUUGCUGAGUGGGACAGGAGAAUUUUGCAGAAUCGUGAUGUUCUUCUUAAGCUUGAGAGCGAAGUCGCGAAAGUGGUUGAGACUCAAGCUAGCUUGGAGCGGCAGCUAGAGCUUAUUGAGACCCAUCAGCAAGAGGCAGAUAAGGCUUUGCAGAGUAUGGAAGAAGAAGCUGAACGCAUUUACAAAGAUGAGCGAAAUGUGCUUCUUGAUGAUGAAGCAGCUUCCACACGAGAUGCAAUGUAUGAGCAAGCCGAAGUCAUAGAAAGGGAACUUGAACAGAUGGUUGAACAGAUCAAGACCAUUAUUCAGACCCUUAACGCCAACCAGGGUGGAGACCUCGAUACUGUUGAUGGAACGACUCCUUUGGAUGUUGUCGUCCGCAUAUUAAACAAUCAAUUAAGUUCACUUAUGUGGAUUGAUGAAAAGGCGGAGGAAUUCUCAUCUCGCAUUCAGAAGCUUGCAAGCCAGGGGUCAGCUGCAGACCGCAAAUUAAUGGGCCCAAAGCUGUGGUUGACCUGAUCGUUGGUUCUGCAUAGAGUUUAUUGGAGAGGGAGCUUAACGUUUCCGCAUAGUGUUUACUGACUGGAGAGGGAGCAAGUCUUUUGAUGAAAAGUGUAUUGGGUUUGUAGUUGGGUGAAAACGUAUCUGUUGCUGCUUCUACUUGUCUUUCAGGAGAAAAGGUAUCCUUGUUAGGCUGCUUCAACCUUGAACUUUUAUGGCUAUAGAUAGAUAGUGAAAUUAGCCUUUUGGAUUGACUUCUUGUUAUACAAUUGGUCGUCCUGGACAGCAGUUAUGCUUUUUGUUAAGAUUGGCAAGAUAUAUGUAAUGGCACUGGAGAUUCCUUUCCUUAAAAAAAUAUAUGUUUAGUAUGCAUAUAUAAAUGUAAACAUUCAUUCUGCGCACUUAAAAA